ACUGUGCAGGUCCAACACACCUACCCCCUGACCUCCGCGCAACAACUUGCAAUCGCCGAAGCCAUCACGGAGCUACACAGCACGACAUUCGUUGUGCCGCGACUCUUCGUGAACGUCGUGUUCCAACACCUGCAACCCAGCACCGGCACCGGUGCCACGACAUACUUCCUCGCAGGAAAGCCCACGGCGCACAACACGGCGGGCCCCAACCGCAUCCUGGGCAUGGUGCGCCAGGGCCCGAGCAGGACGAAGGCGGAUUUCGACCGUCUGGCCCAGAGGAUCGAGGACGCUUGGUAUGGCGUCAACCAGAACCAGAACGGCGGCGCGGACAAGGCUGAUCGCAAAGCGAAGAAGUUGCAUUUCGUCGUCAUGUAUCCGAUGCUCGCCGCGAGAGAGAACGGCACGACUAUUCCGGGGGCUGGCGAAGAAGGCACUUGGCUUAAAGACAAUAUGCCUUAUUUCAAAUCCCAAGCACAUGACCAUGGCGAUGAAGACUUCAAAGACUUGCUUGACGAAGUCGAGGGCAGGGAUGACUUGACAGCUUUGCUC